AUGUCUGCAGUGCCAGAGUCUGAAGAGGCAACAUUGGGCCCAUUUCUGAGCAACCCAAGACAAGCUUGGAUUGUUCUAUUCGGGUCAUUUUGCAUCAUUUGGAGCACGUAUGGUAUGUUGGCCUCUAAUGGUGUUUUUCUUGAGAUUUGGGCCGCAGAUCAGCUCUCUAUUUACCCUCAAGACCAGCUCACGUGGAUCAAUGCGGUCCAUGUUUUCAUCACACUUUUCUUGGGUGGUCUGGCAGGAAUCAUCUUUGAUAGAUAUGGCCUCAGAGCACUCAUGAGUCUUGGGAGCAUAUUAUAUCUGGCAGGAUUCUUUUUGCUCGCACAAUGUCGGGAGUAUUGGCACUUUAUGAUGUGUUAUGGAGUCGCUGCUGGUAUUGGCUGCGCUUUACUCAGUACAGUAGCGAUGGCUAUCAUUCCUCACUGGUUCACCAGAAGGAGCGGGUUGGCCAACGGGGUAAUGAUGAUGGGAGGCAGUACCGGAGGUGUCAUGUUUCCGCAAAUCAUCAGGAUCUUGUAUGAAAAUCUUGGUUGGAGUUCAUGUAUAAGGAUACUUUCUAGCAUCCUCGCGGUGCUCAUCGCUAUAGGGAAUAUCUGCAUCAGAGCUCGGACAACCAAGAGAAUCAAGGUUGAGAUAGAUUUUCGAGCCUUCAUCGGUCCCAAAGUUGCCUAUGUUCUCCUAGGAAUCGCUUUAUUCGACUUUGUCUUAUUCGGUGCCCUCGGUCUUUUGCCAACCUAUUCAGCCUACCUAGGUUAUGGCACAAGCACAGGUUACAACAUUGUAACGGCAAUGAAUGCAAGUUCUGGAGUGGGACGCUUGGUCUCUGGUUUAUUUGCAGACAAGGCAGGGCCUUUCAAUGUCAUGAUUAUGAUAAUGAUUUUCUCGCUUUGUUCAGCAGUAGCAUUCUGGAUCCCUCCGUUGCAAAAUGUCUACGUCCUUUACAUUUUUGCUGUUGCCUUUGGUUUUGGUACUGGAAGUGUUCUGAGCCUGGAGCCAACCUGUAUCGGACGACUUUGUGAGGUCAGGCAGAUUGGACAAUUUGUUGGCAUGAGCUACGUUCCCGUCAGUUUUGUAACUCUCUUUUCUGUCCCCAUUGGAGGAAAAGUCUUGACUUCAUUUGGAGCGACGGGCUUUGCUGCAUUCUUUACUGCAAUUUUAUUUUUGUCUACAUUGAGUUUUAUUGUAGCACGAUUGGCAAUUUUAGGUUAUCAGUGGAAGUGGCUUGUCAAGGUGUAG